AUGACAUCGGAAGAACCACCAUUAACAGACUUAACCCCAGCAACUUUGGCUGACACAUUGAAGAAGAUUGAUCAGGGCGAAAAGACUGCUGAUCAGAUGGAAAGGAUAUUAAACCAGAUGGAAGAUAAGAUUGAACUAUUAUUAAAGGAUUUGUCAGCGCUUGAGUCUGACAAUAAGGAUUUAAUUGGGGUUACUGAUGAUAGAAAUCUUGAUAAUGACGAUAAAUAG